CUAGUAUUCCAGAUAGUCGAAAUAGCGGAACACAAUUUUGGAGCGUUAUUCGCCAAGACGCAUUUUUGGGACUUUUUUCAAAUUGAAAAACUGAACGACGCAUUUAUGGAAAUCCAACCGAACCAAAACGAAGCCUUCGAAAUAUAUUUACCUGAAUGUCUAUUGGGCUCUCAACAUUACGUCUCUUUGCUUAUACAAAAUACAUCAAGAUUCGACACAGAAAUAUCAUUGAAAAGGAAAAAAAUGUGCAGCUGUGUAAUGAAACAAUCUCAAGUCAAAAUAAACAUUACUAAGCUCGUAUAUGAUUGCCCGCACAGAGAUCUACUUUUGUUAGAAAAUACAAAUGAUACAGUUAAAGUGAACUCCACAGAGAUGUUUACUAUAAAAGUAACAUAUAAUAUUCCUGGAGAAACGAUAAUGGCUUACGAAAUCCACCUCAAACAUAACAGAGUAUUUUUCUUAUAUUUCCAUAUAUUUGGGAUACUUCCAAAUACUGGUAGAAUAUCCGCGUACAAUCCUCAUUAUACGAUGUUAUUCAAGCCCGUUAAUUUGGCUACCAGAAAUCCACCAACACAGGUUUUUUGGUUAUAUAAUAACUCAGAGCUCCCAAUGGAAAUAGAAGUAAAUGAGGAAAAAUUAAACGCAUUUUGUAAAAAAGAAAAUUAUAAAAUAUUUGAAUGUAUUACUCAAAACGGAGAAGUUAAACCUUUCAGUAUAUUCGGUUUAAAUUUCAAAUUCUGCCCUAUAGAAUUGAAAAAAUACAAAAUGAAUCUACCCAUUUUAUUAAACGGAAUUGAAACGGUAUUGAUUUUGGAAGGAUUCGGUACAUCGAAAUGGCCUCUUGAAAAAGAACAUUUACAUAUUUCGAUGCCGCAAUCGUCACAAUCGAAAAACAAGUUUCCAGUUGUUUUUUCAGCGGAUUAUAUAAUUUUCGAAUGUUUACCAAUUUGGAAUCAUACGGAAAAAAUAAUAUUCAUUGAAAACAUUACUAAAAAUAAAGUAAUUUAUUACGAAUGGAGCAGUGUCAACAUACCAAAAUACGUAAAAAUAACCGCUGGCGAAGAGACUGGCUAUCUACUACCAAGUCAAUCCCAUGCUGUAACGGUUAAAGUAGAGUCUUUUUACGAAAGUUUGUUAGCCGAUUUUAUAUUGACGUGCCAAUUGACGGAUCUUCAACAAUUAUUUACAAUGAAGAAAAUUGAACAAUUGCAAAAACGAUACGAUACAGAAAACGAGAACGUUUUGGAAUUUUCGACAAAAAAACAAAAAGAAAAAGUAGCAACUAUCAAGAAGGAGAAAUGUGCGGAAGAAAAUUCGAUUCAAACUUUUAACGAUCCCGUGAUGUAUAUUAUGGCAUUAACUGUACGCGUAAAUAUCGUUCAUAGGAAAGAUGUUAAUUUUACCGAAAUAAUCAAAUAUUAUCCGAUAGAUGUCUCUUGUUGUACGCGAAGAAAUGUAAACGUUUUCCAGGAAACUUGGAUAAAUAACGAAUUGCAAAUAAACAUCACAGAACACGUUUUAAACAGGAUAAUAUCAGAUGUCGUAUUCAGCAGGGCAUUUAAAGGGGUAGUUAAGGCAAUGAAAGAAAAAACUCAUAUGAAUUAUAUACAGUUCGAGAAAAAUGAAAAAUUGGCUACAUCGAAUUCGGAAAAAAAAUUAGAAACCUUUUUCUCGAGACCUCCGUUAACGGUAUUAUCCGAAACAUUAAAAACUUUCAUAGAGGACAGUUUUUUUGACACCUUUAAUAUAUCAACGGCGCAUAAAGAAGGCGAAAAUGGUGAACAAAAUGAAGGACGAGACAAAGAAAGUGUCAUUAAUAGUAUAAUAGAACAUUUAGCGGAAAUAUGUAGAGAUGAGUGUACUUGUAAAGUUGAAAAAUAAAUUAUAACAAUUUCAAGAAAAAAAUUUAAAAAGAACCUUGCAGAGGAAACUUCUAUUCAUU